AUGCCGGGUAACGGGACUCAAGGCCGGGCUGUCGCCUCCAGACAAUCCGUGUGCCCCGGGUGCUAUAACCUAGAUCGGGACCGUUUAACCGUGUCGUCCUCGCCCAACCAGUUUCCGACACUGUCACGCAAGCUCAAGCAGCUUGUCAGAGCCGGCAAGAAGGGAUGCCAGAUAUGCUACGCCAUCAAAGUAGGCAUGCUGCUCAUGCUGGGUCUCGACCCUCGCGAGCGAAAGGUCAGGUUCGAUGUGUGUGUCCUCUUUAUCGAACUCAGUGAUAUCGUCAGAGUAUUUGCCGGUGCCAACUACACCGAUCCCCAAGGCAACCUCGUUGGGGAUAAUGUGUCCUUUGAGCUAUUCACCAAACCAGAAAAGCCGUCGCCCUGGCCGGCCUUCGGCCCGGCCAACGAGAUUACUCCGACGUUGCACUCCAGGCGUCGGCAAAAGAUGAUGCGUGGCUGGAUCGAGAAGUGCACUGCGUCGCACCCAACCUGCCGCGCCGUCCAAGGCUCGGCUCCCAGGCGAUGCCUAGACCUAGGCAAGGAUCCACGAAAUGGUGUCAAGCUGGUUGAUACUUCCGCCUCUCCCGGACCUUAUGUCGCCAUCAUGCACGGCGUUGCCGGUCCCUUGCCGGUCCCCUGUUCCUUUACCACCGCUGAGAACCUUGAGGAGCGUCAGAGGCGCAUAGCAUGGUGGCAGAUCCCGGUCGCCUUGCAAGAAGCCUUGACAGUGGCUAACGAGCAGGGCGUUCGGUACGCUUGGAUCCCCGAUUUUUGCGUCCUUCAUGGCGACGUGGAAGACUACAACUGGCACCUGGACCGCGAAGAUGCCAUCUUCCGGCAUGCGCACUUCACCAUUGCGUUGGCCGGUACCACCGAUCUCAGGCUCAGCAACUUUCGCCCAGUCCGUAAAGCUACCGCCGACGGUACCGACGAAAGGGCCGGGUCCAGGACUAUCCAAAUCAGCCACCAUGGCCGCACCUACCCCAUUCAGGUCCGCCCGAGCAUGCAUUGGAGUUACUGGAUCAUGGCCGACAUCGCCUCUCUGGAACCGAUGGCGACCAAGACUCACCUCUUCGCCCUCAGCCGACACAAGAUGGGCAUCUUGCGGCACGCGCCAUCAUUUCAACGCCUUCUGCUGUCGCCCAGGGUCCUGCAUCUGCACAGGGCUGAGAUGGCAUGGGACUGCCUAGAAGGCUCGGCAUGCGAGUGCGGAGACGAGCAUUACUUGAAUUACCCCGAUAAGCCCUUGCAACCGCUACCGAGAGAAAGGUUCCACACGAUGGGUUGUAUCGAAGACCUCGGCCAUGUGUUGCAGAUGUACAUGAAGCUGCCGCUCUCACAGCCCGACCAGAGGCUAGUUCACAUGACAGGCAUGCUCCGUCACAUCUCCCAGGUCACCGGUAAGCGGUACUGUGCCGCCAUCCCGGCGAGCUCGCCUCGGGAACUGGCGGAGGAGCUGCUGUGGAAUCUCAGCCCGAGCCACGACAUGAAGCCCGUUACCAGAAGCCAUCGCCAUCAUACCCCUUGCAUCCCCACAUGGUCUUGGGCAUCCAUGGUGCUUGCAGACGAUCAGGUCAUUCAAAGCGCCGCAUCAAUUCUAUACGGUGUGACCCUCGCUCCUCUCGUUUUGAGCCCUUCUUUCCACUUCUGGGACGCCAGAUGCACAACGGCACCAGGAAGCUCCGGAGAUGGUCUGCUGGCCAGCGAGUACCAGCUCGAAGUUUCGGCCAACGUGGUGCGAGGAAGGGUACGUGUCCCGCCAGAGCAGUCCAUCUGGAUACGCGGUGCACCACACCUGCUUUUCACACCAGAAACUGCACCUGGCGAGAUACCUUGGAGAACCUGCAGGUUCCAGCUGGAUUGCGAAGGAGUCCUCUCGUCGGUGAAAUCUAGUCAGGGUCCCGUGACUUUCUACUUCAUGUCGCUUGGCGAGAUGACGAUCAAGGAAGCCGCCGUUGACCCGCUGAACAUCGACGAGUCCAUCAGCUACCGCGCAGAUGUCGGUGUCGUCCUUCGUCGCUCCCAGCGGGAUUAUGCGCUCGGAUUCGAGCGGGUCGGUGUUUUCGGGAUACCUAAGGGCUUUUACAGCUUUGCAGACUUUGAUGUGCAACGGCUGGUGCUCGUGUAA